AUUUUCUCUGAAUGCAGAGUAUGUGCCGUCCAAAUAUAGGGCCAAGUUACUUAUUUUCGGCACGAUCACACUUGGACGCCCGCGUGACCUAUUUAGCCGUGAGUAUCUGCGCUCGACUCUCCAGGUGUGGCUGCUGUGGUUUGGUGUGGCCUUCACCUACUACGGCAUGGUGCUAGCCAGUGCUGAAGUGCUCAGGGUCCGGAAUAAAGACACUGUACCCGACCUCUAUACGGACGUUGGGAAUGGGUACUGCUUCAGCUUGGGCCAGGGUGGGUGCCAUGUUGACACCUUUUGUGGCGCAGGUACUGCUGUCCAACUCUAUACAGGCAGCCACCUGGGUGUACGGUGCGUUGUGUAUGUUGUGUGGGAUCUCCUGUUUCCUCUUGCCCAUAGAAACCAAAGGGAGAGCCUUGCCGCAAAUGGUGUCGUACAACUCAGACACCGACACAGUUGACCUCGGGGAGAGUCUGCCGGGAUCCAGCUAUGUCUCUGAGGCUGAGGCUGAGGAACCAGCCCAUGUUGCCACUGUGUCGGGGAAGAGAGGGGCGGAGGGGAAGAGAGGGGAAGAGGAGGAGAUGUUCACUGAUUUAGGGGACGGAGGGCGGUGAUUGAGAGAGGGAGCGCUUUGGGAAGGGAUGAAAGGUAAGGGUCGGAUGGUGGGGGUGAGGGAGAGGGUUGGAAGGAGAGUGAGAGUGAGGGAGAGAGAAAGAGAGAGAUAGAGAUAGAGAGAGAGAGAGAGAGAGAGAGAGAGAGAGAAA